AUGUUCCAUUAAUCUUAAUCUCUAAAUAAUCUUAAAAGAGAUCAUCGCCUGAAACCGUUACAAAUAGCAGGAAGAUAUCCAGAAAGUGCUGAUUUGAAUAAUAAGUCGAAGUUCUUUUUGCCUUAGAUAAAAAUGAUUGAACAGAGUAGUGUGUUUACAGAAAAAUAAAAGUAGCUGCGAUUACCUCAAUUAUAAAAUCAUUUGGCUGCAAGUGAUUAACUCUAACGUAAAAAGAUUGAGAUAAGAAAGUCUAUUACACCAAAAUAUUAAAAGAGAUAAACAACUAUUUAUGCAAUGAGAACUAAAGCUGGAUGUUAAAUUAAUAAGGCAGCAAAAAUCAAUUAGGAUUAAGCCAUAUUAUGUCCCAAAAUUCUAGAGAAGUAUAGAUAUAUGAUAACCAAUAGUAUUGGGUAUAAGUUAUUCGCAGUUUCAGAUGGACAUGGUCUUAAUGGUCAUCAUGUAUCUAAUUUUAUUAAAUAAACACUCCCUAAAUAUUUACAUAAGUAUUUGGGAGAUAAUCAUGAAGAUAUUUAAAUGCAAAUAUCUCGAGCAUUUGCAAUAACAAAUAGAGAAAUUUGGAACUCUGACACUGACACAAAUCUUUCUGGUUCUACAACAGCUUCAGUGCUUAUCACAAAGGAUAUUGUAGAUACAUAUAUUUAUGAUUGUUUUUAGAUUUAUACAGCCAAUGUUGGAGAUUCAAGAGCCAUUUUAUGUAGGUUUGAUUAAGUUUGGUAAAUCGUACCAUUAACAAGAGAUCAUAAACCAGAUGAUCCUGAAGAAAUCAAAAAUAUUGUUAAUGCUGGAGGAAGAGUAGAGAAAUAGAGAGGUAAAUUAUGAUGUUAUGUAGAUUUUCAUGGAAAUCCAAUUGGACCUUUUAGAGUUUGGUUACAGUAUAUUCAAGCCCCAGGUUUAGCAAUGUCUAGAUCAUUUGGAGAUAAAGUUGGAGCCUAGGCAGGAGUUACAGCAAUACCAGAAAUCAAAGAAUUUAUAUUGACUAAUCAUGAUUAAUUUAUUAUUGUAGCUUCUGAUGGAGUUUGGGAAUAUUUGAGUAAUGAAGAAGUAUAUUAUUUAAUAAUUAGGUUAUGAGUAUAGUAAUACCUUACUUUGAAAAGGAUAAUCCAGACCUAGCUGCUGAAAAAGUAGUCAAUGAAGCUAUACAAGCAUGGAGAAGAGUAAAUACUCUUUUUUUUAAAUUUAGAAUAGCUUAGCAAGAGAUGAUAUCACUUGCAUUAUCAUCUUUCUAUGA